AUGUGGGGGCGGUCCGCCGACGCCGCCGUGUUGGUAGGCACGCAGGCGGCAGGCGGAUGGCGGGCAAAUCCGGCGGCUUUGCAGUUGGAGCUUAGGCUGGCCGGGCAGGCCGCGGAGGACCGGCAGAAUUUAACCCGGCCAGAUAAGUCGCAAAGCCGAUUAAAUAUCCGAAGGGCGGUGGCAGCAGGAGCGGCGGCGUCGCGACGUGUGGGCGGCCGGCCGGGGGCCGCUCCUCCCGGCGCGCCACCACAGCCCCAGCCGGCGCCACCACCACCGGAACCACGCGAACAGGAACAGAUGGCCGGCUCGGAUCGCCGCGCUGCGAGAGGACCCCACGCGCUGCACGAGCCACAGCUGGGUGCCAACGUUACUUCAAGGCGCCUAUCGUUGUGCCCGCGCGCCGCCCUGCCGCAGAAGAGAGAGCUGUCGCCCCCCUCCGCCCCCCACCCUGCCCCCCGGCCCCCCUAUAAACUGAGCUCUCGCCAGAUCCCGUGCUGUGUGCUGCCUGCUGGCCGUGACGCGGCCAUCGAUCCCGCGAGCCGGUUCAGCCAGAAGGCGAGAACUCGGGCAGCCUCCGCGCUGUGCCGACUUCCACAAGAGGCGUCGCUCCAGUCGCUGCCGCUGGCACUGACGUCGAGGAGGUUGCGUGCACUACAUCCAUUCUCCAGCAUUCCGCCUCUGCUCGUCGUAAUUAAACAGCGACAGGCUAGUGGAACAUCUGUGGAGUCAGCCUGGAACGGCUGGAGCAGUACUCAUGAGAAACAGAACUGGCAGACGAAAUGGUCGAACACAUAA